CGACGCAGUCCCAUCACUCGAUUUCCGAAGCAUCGGUCAGCAUGUCCUACGCGUCGACUGGACGGCAGCGCAGCCAAGUGGAGCAGCCAAAGGGGCAGAAGCGCCUGACGAAUGUCGCGAUUGUGCGUCUCAAGAAGGGUGGGUGCCGCUUUGAGGUAGCAUGCUACAAGAACAAGGUGGUGAACUGGCGCAACCGCGUUGAAACGCAACUCGAUGAAGUGUUGCAGUCCCAUGAUGUGUUUGUGAACGUGUCCAAGGGAAAGCGCGCGACAGCAGAUGACAUGCGCAAGGUGUUUGGCACCGACGACGUCGACGAAGUGGCGAAGUUGAUCAUUGAUCAAGGCGAGUUGCAAGUGUCCGAUGGCGAGCGAGCAGCCUUCAAUCAGUCGCUGUUUCAAGAAAUCGCUACCAUCGUUGUCGAGAAGUGCGUCAACCCAGAGUCCAACCGUCCAUAUCCCUUCUCCGUGAUCGAGCGCGUGAUGAAGGAGAUCCAUUACUCGUUGAUUCCAAACCGAAGCGCCAAGCAACAAGCGCUGGACGUGAUCGGCAAACUCCAGGAUCACAUGCCGAUCACGCGCGCCAAGAUGAAAGUCCAGGUGUCGGUUCCCGCCAAAGACGGCAAGUCCACAAAGAAGUAUUUGGAGCAGCACAACGCAACCGUGCUCGAUCAAAAGGGCACAUCGGAUACCCUUCGACUCAUCUGCCUCAUCGACCCUGGCGCGUAUCGUGGACUGGACGCGUUCGUCGCAAACAACGGCGACAACAUCGACGGCGCACGAUCCUUGGAAGUGCUCGAACUGAGCUGCCACGAAGAAGGCGAACACUCGAUUGAUGCAGAGAUUUCCAAGAAAACGGAGCGAUUCGGGAUGGCGACCGGCACCCCACCGUCGCACACCGUGCUACCUCCCCCGUUGCCUGCUGCCCCCGCAUCGAAUGCCCCGGCGGCUUCCGCGGGUCGACCAUGCUCGACGUGCGGCGGCGCUUUCACCGACACUGCAGUCUACCGCGAGCACUUUCGAUCGGAGUGGCAUCGGUACAACCUCAAGCUCAAGGCCAAGAAACGCCCGAGCAUUGACCAGGCAGCGUUUGACCAACUAUCUGCUCAUGACGUCCAGCGCUUCUUUGAAACGUUGGAUUGAGCACAUGGGUUGCUCUGAAAUAAUUUUACGAUGCGGUUGUGCCUUGCGUGAAGUGCAACACCUGCGAGAAAGCCACGAUCGACGCAAGUUGCCAUGCGCGGAAUGGCGCAAGCCUUCCCCAAG